AUGGUUGAAGAACUUGAAUCUCAUUUGCUUCCAUUUAUGGCAAUACUUAAUCAUUUACAACAUGAUGUUGCACGAUUACCAGAUGUUCUUCAUGCAUUUGCUUAUUUUAUGCAAUUAUAUAAGAACCGUGAAGAUAAUUUUAGCAAAAAUAUGGUUCAACGUUUAGACAUCUUUAAUAGCAAUGCUCCUUUACUAAAUUUAUCUCAAAUCGGUUUAUGGGCACAAUACUAUUAUAAAGAAUGGUUUAAAACACGACCAUCUGUUAUUUUAGCAGAACUCUCAAAAUUUGUCAAUAAAGAAUAUCCAUUUGAUGAUGAUACUGCUUUAAACUUUGAUGAUAUUCAAGAAUAUUGGAAAUUUACGAUAGGAGCAACAAAGGAAUUAAGCAUUCUUGCAAUUACAGCACAAAUGCAUGCUGAAAUAACUUAUAAUUGUGCAGUUAAAAUAGUACAUGAGUUAGAAGAAUAUAUAUAUGCAAGCACUAUUACAUACAAUACUGAAAACUAUGAAUUUCAUUCAAAACAUAUUCCUAAAAGUGUCGAAACUGAAGUAGAAGUAAUAAUCAAUGAAGAUGAAGAAACAAUGGUAGAUUAUAGUGAGAAUAAUGAAGAUAGUUUAAGCACAAAUACUAAUGUAGAUGAUGAAUGGAGAUCAGUUCUUAAUAACUGGUCAGAAGAUCUUAUAAUUGAAAACAUCGAAACAUCUAAUAAGACGUUUAUGAAUUUAAAUCAUCCAGCGGAUGAUCCUAUAGGAAAGUGGUAUCUUACAGAUCUGUUUAUAGCUGAGUUCCUGCACCUUCAGCAAUAG